GAUAUAUCAAGAAGUUAGAUACUAGUUAAAUACUAAGUUCUAAGGUGUGGUUGACUAAGAAACUUCAAAGUCAAUAUAUUUCUUCAAAACUCAAUUAUAUCAGCAAAAGGUUGUAGUCGCUGUAGAAACAUAUUUUGGGCAAAAACAUUGUAGUGAAAGAGAAAUAAAAUAUGAUGAGAAACUCAAUAAAGUUGGUUUUAUGUGGAUUGUUGUUGUUGUGCAGUUUGGGAAUAAUACAAAUAUGUGAAGCGUUGGGAAAAGAUCAUCCUCUGUUUGUGUUUGGGGAUUCAAUUUAUGAUGUUGGAAAUAACAAUUACAUAAACACAACCACCAUUUCUCAGGCCAAUUUCCCACCCUACGGCCAAACUUUCUUCAGAUUUCCCACCGGAAGAUUCUCCGAUGGCAGAGUCAUUCCUGAUUUCAUUGCUGAAUAUGCAAAGUUGCCAUUAAUUCUGCCAUAUCUUUAUCCGGGCAUUAAGGAUUUUGUUAAAGGAGUAAAUUUUGCAUCUGGAGGAGCUGGAGUUCUUGACACAACUUUCCCUGGAUAUGUGGUAACCUUGAGAAGGCAGGUGAAUUAUUUCAAAGAAAUGGAAAGGAGUUUGAGGAAGAAACUUGGAACUUCAAAAACAAAGAAAUUACUAUCAAAAGCCGUUUACUUAAUCGCCAUUGGAAGCGGUGACUAUGAUGCUUUUGAUCCAAAAUCCAAUUCACUUUAUCAAUCUUACACAACACAACAGUAUGUUGAUUUAGUGAUUGGAAACAUGACCAGUUUCAUCGAAGAAAUUUACAAGACAGGAGGUAGGAAAUUUUCAGUGCUAAAUAUUGGGCCUAUUGAUCAUUUGCCUGCUGUACAAGAAGCUAUUAUAUCUCAUUACAGAACUCCAGCUUGGAUGGAACAAUUCAAGCAAUUUAUUGGUUUGCACAAUGAAAAACUACCUAAAGCACUUCAAAACCUUGCACAAAAGUUUAAAGGACUUCUAUAUUCUCAUACUGAUUUCCACACUGCUAUCAGUAACAUAAUCCACCACCCAACAAAAUACGGAAUGAAAGAAGUGAAGAGUGGAUGCUGUGGAAGUGGGGCAUUUAGAGGAAAGAGUAGCUGUGGAGGUAUGAGAGGCAUAAAAGAAUAUGAGUUAUGUGAAAAUCCAGAGGAGCAUGUGUUUUUUGAUGCCAACCAUGGAACUGAUAGAAUAUACAAGUUUGUAGCAGAAAUGAUGUGGACUGGGACUUCAAAUAUUACCACUCCUAUCAAUCUCAACUCCUUAUUCUACAUGUAAUAUAAUGAAAAUCAAUGUAGUACAAGUACUGUAUAAACCAGUUUAAGUAGAGCCUCAUAUCAAUGUUCUGUAUGAAACAUUCUGCACUCCUGGUAUGCCCUAUUUUACCUUUUUUUUCCUAUGCACAUGGUGAAGAAAGUGUCAAUGUCUUGUACUUUACGUGUAAUUCAUGGCUUAUCCUCCUAUAUCCAGUCCAUAGAGAUCGUCAAGUAAA